AUGAUUUUUGAUUUUGAUUAAGAAGUUAUCUCACAAAGAAAAAACAAGCUUAAGAUCUUGCUAAAUAGGAAUAAUAAUAAGCAGAGAUUUUUUGGGUAUCAUCAGCAUUAAAUAGUAAAACAAGUAUUCGAGGAACCCAAAAGAGUUUUUUCGUAUUCUCGAUCAAUAAGACAUUUUUAAGAAAUUAUGUCUAAAACUGGAUCCAUAAGUUUGAAUAAGAAAGCAAUAACUCUAUUUUUAAGAAGAGAUGAAUAAACAGAGAAAAAGUCAUAUGAUGAGAUUCUUAAAGCUACAAAUUCAAAGCUAAUUUAAACUGACAAUAUAAUUCCAGAUGAGUUUGGUUACAGGACAGAGAGAAAUCAAUUGCAUAAAUAGCAAUCUCCUUAUAUCAAAUAAAGAAAAUUCAGUUAGCAUCUCAAUAAAAAAGAUAAAUUUCCUAAAACACCAUACAUUUAACAUGCAAUAGAGAGUUAGGUUGUCCCAUCUUCAAGAACAAAUAGAAGCCUAAAAAAACAUACAUUUUAGAAUGAAAUUCUGCAAUAAAAGGUCAACUAAAUUACAUCAGCAAAUCUGAAAGAACAGGAGCUACAAUCAAUUAAGAGCAGACAGAAAUAAAUUGAUCUUUAUUCAAAUGAUAAUAUAUUCGCAACAAUAACUCACAGAUAUUGA